UGUGUAAAGUGUGAACUUUCAAUCCUCAGUCUCGGUCAGCCUGCCCGGAAUCGCGGCGGGCAGGUUCAAACACCGAGAAGAACCCGCUCCAAUUUUCCAUUUACAUAACUGUCUAUUCAUUCAAUCUGUUCCCUUGAACCAACCAAGUUCCUUCCACGGCGGCGCGUGAGGUAGUUACCGGCCAUCUCUCCCGGCGCGUGCGGUAGUUACCGAUCAUCAUCCACGCCGGAGAGGACUAUGGGUCAGAGCAUGAGUUGCGUGAUGCUGCAGCAUCAUCAGCAGAAUCAGCACCGGCAUCGGCGUCAGAGUGCUCUGUUUGAUGCCGUUGCCAAUGGUGAGUUGGAGGUGGUGGAGGCUAUGGCGGAGGAAGAUGUCACUGUUUUGGAGCACACUCUUGGUCGUUCCAGGCUCUCUCCGCUUCAUGUAGCAGCUGUCAACGGACGGAUCGAGGUACUUUCCAUGUUGUUAGACCGGAAUGUUAAAGUCGAUGUCUUGAAUCGCCAUAAACAGACACCAUUAAUGUUGGCUGUGAUUCAUGGAAGAACCGGUUGCGUGGAAAAGCUCAUUGACGCCGGAGCUAACAUCUUGAUGUUUGAUUCUUUACGCCGAAGAACCUGCUUGCACUAUGCUGCUUAUUUUGGCCAUUUAGAUUGCCUUAAGGCUAUUCUUUCCGCUGCUCAUUCCACACCUGUUGCAGAUUCUUGGGGAUUUGCUAGAUUUGUGAACAUAAGAGAUGGAAAUGGUGCAACCCCUCUGCACCUGGCUGCUCGUCAAAGACGGCAUGAAUGUCUUCAUUCCCUAUUAGAUAAUGGGGCUCUUGUAUGUGCUUCAACCGGUGGAUAUGGUUUCCCCGGGAGCACACCACUUCAUAUGGCUGCUCGUGGUGGUUCCGUUGACUGUGUGCGAAUGCUGCUUGCUUGGGGAGCAGAGAGGCUUCAAUUAGAUUCCUCUGGGAGAAUACCAUUCACAGUUGCUCUGAAGCGCAAGAACAGGGCAUGUGCUGCCCUGCUUGACCCCUCAUCAGCGGCACCACUUGUUUGGCCAUCUCCAUUGAAGUUUAUCAGUGAGCUCAAUCAGGAGGCCAAGACCUUACUGGAGAAUGCCUUACUAGAAGCCAACAGGGAGAGGGAAAAGGUCCUACUAAAGCAUGCUGACAUACCUACAUCUCCACUACAUUCUGAAGGAAAAGAUGAUGAUGAUAUUGUCUCUGACUCUGAGGAGAGCAAUAUGGAUUUAUGCUGUAUAUGCUUUGACCAAGUGUGCACAAUUGAGGUCAAACCUUGUGGCCAUCAAAUGUGUGCUCAUUGCACUCUAGCACUAUGUUGUCUCAAGAAGCCUGAUCCUUCAACUGGUUGCACACCGGGACCAGUUUGUCCAUUUUGCCGAGGUGCCAUUCUUCAGUUAAUAGUUCCCACGAUCAAGAAUAGCAGUGAUACAGAAGUUGAAUCCAACCCAACAAAACCAAGGAGAUCAAGAAAAUCAAAUUUCAGUGAGGGUAGCAGCAGCUUCAAGAGCUUGUCAGCCAUUGGAUCAUUUGGAAGGAUUACUGGUCGCAAUUCAGGAAAGAUCGAUGAUGCUGAAAAGCAAUGAGAGGGGUUUGUUGAACCUUAGUAAUUGCUGGUGGUUUCUUUGCUUCAAAGACAGAAGGAAACUGUAACAUCAGUGGUGGUUCUACACUAGCUAGCUAAAGCAGUAUGCCAUUUGAAUUCAUUUUUGCCCCGUUGUUCGAAGGAUCACUAAGAUCAUGUGUGACAAUAGGUGUGCUAGAUUUUUAAAUAGUCUGUUCGAGUCUUUGUAAUCUCCAAUUGUCAGUUGGUUGGACUUCUGGCUGAUAUUUGUGUUCUUAUAUUACCAAUUUAUCAAGUAUAGUAUACUGUAUACACAACAUGAAGGUAUUACCCUUGUGGGGAUAAGAAAAGGUUUCACCUGAUUUAAAUGUUGAUGCUUAUUUGUA